UUCAGUUGCGGUGUGCCUCUGGCGGUGUUAGAACGUUUCUCUUGUGAAUGGACGGAAUAAUGGUGACAACUAAGGCACUAAUUAAAUAUUUAGUAGUGAAAAUGAAUUAAACUUGUAUUAAAAAAAAUUUAAAUUCUGUUAAAUCUAAAACAAGAGUGCCGAAAAGUGAGCAGAAACUCCACAAAAUGAGCAGCUUGUAAGCUAGGAAGGAGUUUAAAUUACAAAAGUGAUAACUUUAUUAAUUAAAUAUGUAAAAUUUUAUUUUUUUAAACAAAAUUAUUAUUGGAUUAAUGACAAGUGUUCAAGAAUUUUGUGUUUUAAACAAUUUCAAUUUUCCUAAAUCAACGUUCUUACUUUGAAAAACAAAUAUUAUUUUUUUAAUUAAAAAUGCUUUACAUUUUUCAUAUCGAUUUUCUUUCAUCGCUCAUUGUAAGCGUUACAUAAUCGUUGAAUAUUUGUGGAAAUCACAUAAACGGCAAGUCAAUAUACUGCUAAGUUGGCAUGCGUGUGCUGACAACUGCCAUAAAGUGAGAUAGCUAGUGUGCAUAUAAAUCUAAAAAUAAAUUUUAGUGCUAAAGUGAACUGAUUGAAGUGACUGGCGCUAACGCACGGAUACUAUAAAUAUAAAAAAUAAUAGAUUUUGGAAAAAAAAGUUAACGGAAAUGGAAAAAUGUAAAAAUAUUGUUGGUUGAAAAUUGGAGACUCGAUAGUGAAGUGCUACGCAAGGAAAGGAAGUCCAUAAAAGCACCUGGACGGCACACACCCAUGCGACUUGCACAUAACGCGCGCAUACAAAGGAAUUCAUAAACGCGUAUUAAACACGUCCAGCCAGACGGGAGAGAGCAUAAAAGGGGAAGUGAAAAAAAUUCAAGUACAACAACAGUAAUAUUUUUAAAGUAGUGUGAAAUUGGAAGAGCAGAAAUACCGGCUACAGGAAUAACAAAUACAAUAGUAUUGUAAAAAACAACAUUCAACAACUUGGUCAAGCUUGAGCAGAGCGCGUUGCAAAAGAACGCAACGGAGCUGCUCGCCAGCAGUACUGUCAGUUUUAUCGAAUUCUCACACGCUCACUGAGUCGCAACUUGCAGCCAUUAUGGAUCUACAUAACUUUAAUAAUAAUAUACACAGUAACAUGACACUGCCAUCCGCAACAACAACACCAGCAACAUCAACAUAUUUUACAUACAGCAUACCGGGUAUGGAUAUCACACCGGGUCCGGUCGCUUUUACCUACAUCAGUGAAUUUUUAUCGCUUAUCACGCCGGCGGAACUGCCACUCGAUUUGGUGCGUCAAUUCUUGCAUUCCAACCUCACGCUCAUCGAUUUCACCAAGGAUGCGAUCAAAAUCGAAUCGGGCUUCAUCGCACUCAUGAGCAUCUUCGCCAUACUGGCGUUGGUGCCGCUCAUCUCCACCUGCGCUUGGUGUUGCGGGCGGCGCUCCGACCAGGAUGAAGCCGACUUCAUACGCAACGCACCUGUCAACAUACACGACGAUUCGUUGCAGCAGGCGCUGAACUGCCGAAAGAGUGCGUCCGUGGUCACGCUCUGGAUAACGUUUUUACUGUUGGCGUUGAGUGAUUUUUGCAUAUUUUAUGCGAACAGUCGUCUGGCUGCCAACGUUGAAAUGACACCCGAAAUGGUCAAAUCAACUGUGCACGACAUGGAAGUAUUUCUCAAAGACACACACCUACAAAUCAAACAUAAGUUGGAUAAUGGUUUUCAUGUAGCUGUCGAAAAAGUUGUCAAAGAUUUAGAAGACGUCGAUGUUCUCCUCGGGGAGCCAAUUCAAGCGGAAAUUUCAGCACACACUGGCAUUGAGCUGGCAUAUGAUUCAUUGGCGACCAUCAGCUUGGCCAACGCAGAGUUGAUUUAUCGUGUACUAAUGCUGCAGGAGACAGUGGGGCGUGCUUUGAAGAUUUCACAAGAGGCCGCCGCACGCAUGGAGGAACUACAAAUACAACUGUCCGUGCUGCAGCGACAGUGCACCUAUCGCGACCGGCCGCUCUGCGACACGCUGCGCAUACGUAGUUUCGAGGAGAAUGGCAUUAUUGAUGCACUCAAGACGCUGCAAGAGGACCAGACCAUCUUUCGCAUGCGUUACUUGGGCGAAAUUGAAUUUGGUGCGACUGUCAAGAAUUUGACAUCUGAGGUUGGUGUGUCACGUUCAAUUUUCAGCAAUUUCCCGCAACAAGUGAAACACGACACUGCAUACGAACGGAACUAUACCCUCGAGCAGCUGGAGAGCAUACGGCAUCGCACGAAAGCCAACGCGCAAAUGCUCACCUCAACCAUAAAUGCGCUGCUCGAACGCUUGCAAGGCGUUUGGCCCACACUCGAACCCAGCUACGAGGAAUUGCAGAGUUGGUCCAACUCCUAUUGGACAGCCGGUUGGGUGGCUGCCUUAGUUAUCGGUUGGGUGCUGCUCUUCGGUCUCAUGUCAUACUGUUGCUUCCUAUGCGAAUCGAAUGUGAAAGCCGGCGUUGUGCUGCUGAUGUCCGUACUGAUUAUCUGUUUGGGCAGUAUUUGUAUUACUUUCUACGGUGUACUGACACUUGCCAUAGGCGGCAAUACGGAAGUAUUUCUCUGUCGUUCAAUGUACGAUGCGACGACGAUGGCGACGGCAAAUGCUGGCACUACUGGUACAGCUGGUAAUUGGGGUAACAAUCAGCUUGCGGAUGUGUCCGAUGCGUCCAGCUAUCAUUUAUUGGGUAAGUUAUUCGAUAAACCGGGUUAUGUGUACGCACACGAACCACAGACGGGCAUCAUUGGCGAACUGCUACGGCCGGAAGGUGUGAAUCGCUCGAUUGUAAACGUUAGCCUCGCAACGGCGCUGAGAGGUUGUGAACAAAACCAAGCAUCGUACAAUGUCUUCCAACUGGAUGCAUUCGUUAAUACCACACAAAUUGCCGAUUUAAAGCAAUUCCCAAAAGUGACCACGGCUAUUGAUGCAAUCACCGUAUCCGAACGUACUAUGCUCUCGCUGACGCAGACCAUACAGAAUAUACUGGAGAAUAUGCUGCACACUUCAUCCUUCAAUCUAACCACAUACCGGGUUAGCAUUGGUGCACCGACGCCUGAGAAGGAUUUGGCUACGUUCAUCGAUCAAAUGCAGAGGGUGGCGCUACAGAUUCAAGAUGUGGCCACCUCAUCGCGCAUGACUACACUCGGCAGUCGUUCGAAACGUUUACAGGCGUCCAUACUACAGCCACUCGAGCAAUUGCAGAAUGAAAUACUUUAUCAUUUGACGGCUUUAGAAUUGCAACGGGAUCCUUGGGCCAAACAAGUUAACCAAACACUAAAUCACCUACGCAACGUACAGGGUUAUUUGGAAAAGACUGCGGGCGAGAUUUGCAGUAAUCAAACACGCGUCUAUACGGAAAGAUUGAAAGCGUAUCUGACAAAUAGCAAAGCAACUAUGUCAUCACAAUUGGGAGACACCACUGCCAAAUGUCGACCAUUCUUCGAUAUCUUCGAUGCGAAUCGCAUUUUCCUAUGCCGCAAUAUUGUCGACUACAUCAAUGCAUUGUGGUUCUGCAUAUUUAUAACACUCUUACUUUGGUCGGUCGGUACACCCGUUGGACUCAAUCUGAUCACCAUACAACGACGUAUAAAUCGUUUGCGUCGUGCGCAAGCACGUUCAGCUGAAAGAUCGGACAGUCGCAGCCGGCGGCGAGAACGAACCACUAGUUCGGCGGCACGCGAGCCACGUAGUGCAAGUAGCGCUAGUCGACCGCCACUACGCCGCACAGCUACCGAAGAGACGCUGGAUAUCGCCACUGAAGAGUCACCGCCACCAAGACGAGAGCAACGAGAUGUACGCAGUCGUGAUCGGGAAAUGAGUCGAGCGCGUGAGAGUGUAGCGGCCAGCACACCGGCACGUAGCCGAACUCAACAGCGUCGUACUGGCACAGAUGCCGAAGAUAAUUGGGGUUCGUCGAGCGCCAGUCGUGCCACAUCGAUGGAACGAGAGCCCAGUCAACCGCGAAUGUACACGAGCAGCAGUAGUGCACAACAGCAACGCGGAACUCAAGCGAGACCACAACUACGCAAACAAGGUACAGAAGAGUUCGAUUUGGAAGCCGAAGACAAUUGGCAGCCAGCGCCUACAGCCAGCAGUAGUGCCGCCACACGUUCUGAGUCACGCGCUGGUGUAAGACGCGAGCAGCGAGAGCAACCGGCGUACUCACACAGUAACGGACGCAAUAAACCGAAACUACGUCGCACCGAACGUGAGAAAUAUGAACGCCCCACUCGUCGCUCCAUGACACCCGUUUUGCAAGCUAGUCCCGAUGCACAGCAAGCCAGACCAAUGCCGCGUACACCGACGCGUCUGCGCCAUCGCGUGACAUUGACAACACGCGCCGUCACCAAUCUAAUGCGUGCCGGUAAUCCGCGCCAUAAGAGGCUUCAACGUAGCGGUACUGAAGAUUUUGAAAUCGAUGAAAGUGAGACAUAUGGUGCGCCGGCGCAGGAUUCUGCCGCAGUGGCUGCCGCGCGUCGAACACCGCCACGCACGGCACCGCCACCACCACCACCGCCCGGCAUGAUGAACAGGUAUGGCAGCGUGCGCAGUGUACGUUGGAAUGCGGAAGAGGACAUGGUCUUCGAGGAUGUCGAAUCACCAAAUCCAAUAUAUAUGAAUCAUCAUCAUAUGCGUUAAUAGCGUGAGCGCCAGUAUUGAGGCUACUCCUCAUCUAAAUGGGUUUACUUACUAUUCAUUGACCACCACUGUAUUUUCCAUGCUGAUUUUUUCUAUACACAAACUAACAAAAAUUUCCGUUAUAUUUUCGAAUCACUUUUUUUUAAAUGUAAGAAAAAUUAUUGCAUUAUUAAUAAGAGUUGAAAUUAAGAAGAAAUUUAUUAUGAAAAUGUAUGCCGUUUUCGCAAUAAA